GGCGUCAUUUCUAACGCCACCGUACGUUAAAACAUUUUUAAGGGGGAUAGUGAGAGACAAGUGAAAGACAAGACUAGGAAGGUCAUUUUUCAAAGCAGAGGCACCAGCUUAAAUCAGCUUUUUCUCCAUAACUUCAUAAUUUCUUAUCACUGGUAAAGAUCAUCUGACCGUAAUCCAAUAAGUGUCGCAAUUUCCUGUAACUCUGUGCUCUGCUCUGAAUAGAAGUCGCUGUGACCACAUUCGCUGCAAGAUCUGGGACUGUAAGUGUGCUGUCGAGAAUGGCAAAUAUCAGAUGAGGAUUAGACUGUGUGUUUGCCGUCAAGGAUGUUUAAAAAAGCAAUGGAGCAGCUGAUCAGCCAGAUUGAUUGUGGAGGUGAGCUGACGCCAGCCACCAGUGCGUACGAGUCGGAGAGGUUUAAGCCUCUGUGCCUGGUCCACAGGAGACGUGGUGGCCCAUUCUGGAGAAAGGCCCGGUACCGUGGCACGGAUUUCAAGCUGAAGCAGAUACUGGCUGAUGGAAGCAACUUACCGACUGUUCAGCAGACUGACAUGUCCUUCCAGUUUUCGAAGUCAUUCGAGCGGCCGAUGAAAGGGAUGGCCAAGCUAAGUAUCGAUCCACUGGUGGGAAAUGUUGCGAUUACAAAUAAAGUGAGAAAAACCAUACAGCUGGAAGGAACCAAGCAAGUUUACAUCAGAGUGUCAGAUCUAACUGAGUGCCUGGAAAACAGUAAGGUCAGUCGGUCUUGGGAGCUCAUUGAAAGGAAUUACUCAGGCGAUCUCUGUGUCGUGACUGAAGUGUUAUUGUCGGUGGAACCCCUCACACUGAAGAAAGUUAAUCAAAGUGGAUCAGAAUUCUACGUAACCAUACCUUCCAACUCCCUGGUUGGAGAACUAGCCACGGUGGGUGCAGAAUACGACCUUUCUUCAGAUAGCACACUGUGCAUCCCCGAGGGAUCAGUCCUUGCCUACAAAGUGUGGGACCUCUCCCUCACAAAAGAGGAUGUGCUGUGUCUGUCGAAGCCAAAGCGGAGGAACCAGGCGAAGUCUUUGAUUUGCCGGGACGCUGCAAAUGUUAAUGGAGAUGAAGUGUUUGAAAUCUGCUGCGAGCUUCAAUGUCUCGACAAUGGUUUGAAGCAACGUCUCCUGGGUCUCGUGUGUCAGAUCAUUGAAGACUCUGAACUUCUUUCAAUUCUGAGUGAUGUGCUGUGUGAGGCUUGUGCUGGAACCGACCACACCCUCUCAGAGCUGGAGAAACUGGAUAGAAAGAGAAGAGAGUGCGGGGAAAACCUCCUGGCCAUCUGGAGUGAGGAGCAGCUGAAGAAUGCAGCCGAGGACAACCUUCUUAAGGCUGUCUCUAUUCUCUUUGCAACUUUGGAAGAUCUGCCACCAACAACGUUACCAGUGCUGAUUCAAAGUUUGAAGAUGCAGUUUCUGCCCCAGCAGCUCACCCUGGUCACCGGCAUCCUCAAGGAUCUUGAUCACAGCCAAGUGGACCAGGCGCUGAAGGUGGAGACAGAAAGUUUCACGGAGGAUGCGUUUGGAAUAACUGCGGAGAUGCUGGCUGAUGUCGGGCUUCACCUGGAGAGGGACAGUGUCCAGAAAACAAGGGAACCCAGUCUCCAUGAACUGUCUGUGGCCUUGUACUGUCUAAACGCACUGAGCAGCAACUGAGGGAAUGAAUGAAGGGGGUCCCAACACCCUGAUCUUGGAUUUAUUCCUGCUGAUCACAGCAUAUCUGCGUGUUUUUAUAUCCAUUUAUUAUGCUUUUCUUAUUUACCUUGAACAACCUAGGUGUCUCAUUGGUAAUAUUUUACCCAAAGCCACGUUGGAGGAAGGAACUACAGAUGCUGGUUUAAACCAAAGUUAGACACAAAAUGCUGGAGUAACUCAGCGGGACAGGCAGCAUCGCUGGAGAGAAGAAAUGGGUGACGUUUCGGGUCGAGACCUUUCAUCAGACCUUCUUCAAAUUACUUAGAACAAUCUGUUUCUCUUCAUUAUUAUUUUAUCCAAGAAAAAUCAUAAAAUCCUCUAUUAAAAUAGAUCUUAAUUCCCU